GGCCCAGGAUACCGUCCAGAUACAUGGGAAAACUGCACGUGAAGGCGGCGGUGAUCGGAGCCGGCAUGGCGGGUCUUGUUGCAGCGAGGGAGCUCUGCCGCGAGGGGCACCAAGUGGUGGUUUUUGAGAGGGCCAACGAUGUUGGAGGCACGUGGCUAUACGACCCUCGGAUCGAAUCCGACCCGCUGGGGUUGGAUCCAGGCCGCAAUAUUGUCCAUGCCAGCAUGCAUCGGUCGCUCCGGGUGAACCUGCCGAGGCAACUAAUGGGUUUCUCGGACUACCCGUUUCUCAAGAAGGGAUGGGGGGACCCGAGGAGCUUCCCGGGUCACGAGGAGGUGCUCCGGUUCUUGCGUGGCUUCACGGAGGAUUCCCGGCUGAUCGAGCUGAUUCGGUUUGGGUUGAGCCAGCCAUCGAGGGUGUUGGAACCAAAACGAUUUGGAAUCAAUGUUUUGAUAUUAAUUGUAGAGUGUUGUACUCCAACAGAGGGGAGGUGGGACCAGUGGGCUGUGGAGUGGCGGACGCACGGUGGGGAGGAAGCGGCCGGUGUCGAGGUUUUUGAGGCUGUGGUGGUUUGUAACGGCAAGUACACCCAACCAAAGAUUGCUGAAUUUCCAGGUACAUCUACAUUGCAAGGAGAACAGCUACACAGUCAUAAUUAUCGAGUUCCUGAGCCAUAUAAGGAUAAGAUUGUGUUGAUAAUAGGAAGACGGAUUAGCGCAGGCGAAAUAGCCAAAGACAUCUUACCUUUUGCCAGAGAAGUUCAUCAGGCCUCCAGAGAAACAAAUCUCGAAGUUGUGAAAUUAAGAAAAGUCGCUGGUGUCUUCCAACAUCCCAUGAUUGCAUGGGCCGGCGAAGAUGGAAAAUUAGUGUUCCAAGAUGAAUCUUCUAUGUUUGCAGAUGUCAUCAUCCAUUGCACUGGAUAUAGAUACCAUUUUCCAUUUCUGAAGACACUUGAUUAA